AUGCCGAAAGCCGAAGUAGGAAGCACUAAGUACAUCGCCAACAAAAUGAAAGCAAAAGGCCUCCAGCGCCUGCGAUGGUACUGUCAGAUCUGCGAAAAGCAGUGUCGCGACGAGAACGGCUUCAAGCAGCACACCAUGUCAGAAGGCCACGUGCGGUCAAUGCUGAUGGUUGGGGAAGAUCCGAAGAAGUACAUCGAGGACUACUCGCGUCAGUUCAUGCGGGACUUCUUGCAGUUGCUGAAGACGAGUCAUGGCGAGAAGAAGGUGCAUUUGAACCAGUUUUAUCAGGAGUAUAUCCGGGACAAGGAGCAUGUUCACAUGAACUCGACGAAGUGGCCGAGUUUGACGGAGUUUGCGAAGCAUCUAGGGAGAGAGGGGAUUUGUCGGGUAGAGGAGGGCGAGCGAGGGUUGGAGGUGCAGUGGGUGGACGAUAGUCCUGAGGCUGUACGGCGACGGGAGGACGUCAAGAGGAAGGAGAAGUUGAUGAAGGGUGACGAGGAUAUGGAGGCGAGGAUGCUGGAACGCCAGAUCAAGCAGGCUAGGGAAGCGGCGGAGAAGGCGGGGAGGCUGGAGGAGAAGAAACAACGGCCAGAGGGUGAAGAAGAUAUGGCGGUAGAGCCGGUGAAGGUGUCUCUGAGCCUGGGGGGAAAGGGGCCUCAGAAGCAGGCGGAUAAGGAGAAGGAGGUGGCCCUGGAUGCGCCAGUUGAGAUCUCGACAUUCUCGGCCGCCGAUGCAUCAACACCAAAGGAGCCUACAGCGUCUGGAAACACUGCCGCGGGCGAAGAUGACGAAGAAGAGCCUGCGCCUCCCCCUGCCGAGGAGAAGCCAAAAAUGUCAAUGUCGCUGAGCGGCAACAAGCCGAAGAAAGUCAACCCGCUGAUGGCGAAGAAGAGCAACCCAUUUGCAAAGAAGAAGGAGAGCUCAGCACCCAUCGAUCAAGGCAAACCGAUGAGCAACGCGGCGAGGAUCAUGAAGGAGGAGAUGGAGCGGAAGAGGAAGGCGGACGAGAGAGGAGGGCCGGCUUGGAAGAAGGCGAGGACGUGA